AUGUUGCUAUGGGUUAGCGCUGCCUGGGAAUCAGUAAACUUACUCACUUCCAUACGCCAAGAGGCAGAGAAGAAAAAUAGCGCUGGGAAGAGAGAUGGGUUUUUUGUUUGCUAUUUGGAAGCAUCUGUGGGAGAGAAAAUCCUACUACGUCAUGGGUGUUUUGUAAAUACGUGUUAUACUUCUCAAAGGCAAAUGAAGGAAAUGUGAAAUUAUAAGUUUGCAAUUGGCUGGUAAUACUUUCAGUUAUGCAGCAGUACCUGUAAUUAGAUUUGUGCCCUGCUGUCUUCUUACUAAAUCUGUUCUCUUCUUACUAAAAUUAUAACUUUGGAAGGAAGCAUAAGAAGAUGUUCGGUUAUAUGUUUUGGAGUACAACUAACUGAUUCUUAGGAGAGAGCUAAAACAAUCUGCCAAUACCCAAGAGGCAAUGAAAUAAAACUUUCCUCUAAGCUGACUUUCUACAUUUUCUGACUUUAAACAUCUGUGCAAAAACCAUGUGGGCAGCUUACACAAAAGGAAUUUUGUCUCAGAAGCCUCUACAUACAGGUGAAAAAGAAACAAUUGUUUUACCUUCAAUUCAUAAGAGACGAUUGGAUAAUAUUGUGACUCCUUCCGGUAAUUUGCAUAGCCGAGGACACUCUAGAAGCCUCCAAGAAUUGUUCUUCUCCCCACAGAUGUCACAUUCACAGAAAUAUGUGUGCAAAGAUAUUUGCUCAAAAUGGACUGGGAAACAAAAAUGUCAUUGGCAUGUACCGUAUAUGAAAAUAACUGAAGAAACAGACAUGCAAGUGAGGAAACACUUAAAGCACUGCACGUCUUUCCAUUUUGCGAAAAGCCUGAGACACACAUCAGAGGAUAAAAGUCAAACACAUGUGAGAAACCCAGAGAUGUUUAUUCUAAGGCCGGAGGCAAACAUAAAUCAGAUGAAAUGCCACUAUUCAAGUUUUAGUGUUUGUUCAAAUGAGUCACCGGAUGGGGAUAAAACUACUGAAUUGAUUGAAAAAGUUGUAAUUUCUAGACACAAAGAAACAGAAACCCAGAAAUCAAUGUAUACAAACAAAUGGCUCCUCCAAAGGCAAACAAGUGAAGAAACCCACCAUUCAGAAAACACCAAGACAACUGAUGAAAAGAAAAUUAACAGAAGGAUAAUGGAUUUAUCGAGAAGUGUGUUAUCGGGUUCUCUAAUGUUAUCAGAUGUAAAUAGUUCAGAAGAUAAAGCAGACAGAGCUGCUGUCUGUGGAUCCUCAUCAUCCAGUCUACCUCACCUGAAAACCCAGACUGAAAAAGUAAAAACCUUUCGUGCUCAUUUGCUUCAAGACCAGGGAAUAACUAAUGAAACCAAAUGCUAUCCAUGCAAGUCUUCAGAUGGCGAUACAAACAGAGCUGCCAUUAGAGGACAAAUCAAUUCUCCAUGUUUAUCCAAAAGGAAAAUCUUCAUGAUCUAUAUCUGUGGAGCCUAUCAAGAUUCAGAAGUAGAACGAAAUGCAUUAAUGGAAAAGUCCUUUCCUUGGCUGUACAAAUACUGUAAAGAGAGAGGCUGCGACUUCCAGAUGGUGGACCUGAGGUGGGGGAUAAAAGAUGGCAUCACUAACAAUCACAACAUGGCUUCCCUCCAUAUGAAGACAUUAAGGAAAUGCCAGCAGUUGGGAUUCCAAACCUUUGUUGUUUUUAUUGGGCAAAAGCAUGACGACCCCUCUCUCCCAGCAGUAAUAGCCAAGGAAGAUUUAGAGGCGAUCAAAGCCACAAUUGAACAAAUGAAGCUGAGUACCAAAAAGUCAAAGCAUACUUUGUCUAGUGGUUUGAGGGAAGAAACUCUAGUAGAUAAAAAGAAUGAAAUCCAAGGUGAUAUUAAUCAACAUGCCCUGAGCCCUAGUGUCUCAACAGAAGAACCUGAAGCUGAGACAAACAGCAAGAAGGAAUAUGAAAUGAUUAAUUCAAAUGGGCAGGAGUUUUCUAAUGCUUCUCUCCUCACCCAAAAGACUGUAGCUGAAUAUGAGAGAGAACUUCAACUUCUGGAUUGCUGGUACAGGUUGGAUGAAAACUACAUCCCUGCAGUUUACAGACUUCAACCUAUUUGCACAGUGUACCAAGAUAUCCUCAGCAAUGAUCCUACUCGCAGGCAACAAGCGAAGAACAAAUGGAUGGCGUCUUUUCAGAAACUGCAUAAGAUAUUUCAAGAAUAUGCUGCAGUUGCUCUUGGACAAGAAGCUGCCACCACACUGCUCAGAACAGUUUUGCAACAAGAAGUGGAUCAAGGAUUCCAGGUCCAGGGAAAGUGUGAGGAUCACUGUCACUGCUUCAGAAGAGACAUCACAGAUCUGCAGUCCAGUCUGUCAAGUCCCCAUGCACCAAAAUAUAUUGACGUUCACCCACUAAGACCAGAGAUCAACAAAACAACGUAUGAAGCACAUCAGAACUUUGUGAAAAGCAUUCACUCUAGGCUUCGUCACACAAAUAUCUACAGAAAAAGCAUUAACUGGGGAAGAGAUGGCAUCAGCCCCACCACCAACAGAUCCCAUGCUUACUACCUUGAGUGCCUUUGCAAUGACUUUCAGAAAAUUGUCAUCAAUCACUUCAACAGAACAAUCCAUUUGAAGAAUAUUCAAGAAAUGCUACCUAAGCAAAGAAAGCAAGUUUUUGAAACUCAUAAUGACGAUGAGGUUCUGGAACAUAUCCAGCACUGUCAGGCCUUGGUUAAAUGUCUAAUAGGAAGAGAAAUGUUUUUGUGCAAACUGAAGAAUCGUGUUGCAUCCUCGAACAGAAAGCUAGUUGUAAUUUGUGGAGAGGCUGGAUGCGGGAAAACUGCCGUCAUAGCAAAAGCCGCUUCUUUGGCUCCUAGCUGGAUAUCUGGGAACCUCAGAGUUGUAAUUCGAUUUAUUGGUGUUAGUGGUGAAAGCAGAAAUAUCCGACUGACUCUCUUCAGCCUUUGCUACCAGAUAGCUUCUAUCUACAAGGUCUCGGUUAAUUUAUCCAAGGAUUUUGAAGGAUUGGUGGAAGAGUUUCUCUCUUUACUGGAGUCUGCCACACAAGACAAACCACUUCUAAUAUGUCUGGAUGGCAUAGAUGAAUUAUCAGAGGAACAUGUUGCAGAUUUUCCUUGGAUACCUCCUGAAUUACCAAAGAAUGUGUAUUUUAUUGUUUCCACAUGCACCGAAUCAAGUUUUUCAGUCUUCAAAAAACUGGAGAAAAUAACAGCGAAAGAGAAUAUUUUACAAAUACCUCCUUUGACAUUUGGAGAAAUCAGUGAGAUGGUCAGCUCCUGGUUAGAAAAGGAUUGCCGAAGACUUUCCCAGCAACAGCAUGAUCGCCUAAUGGAAGCAUGCACAGCCUGCCCAGUACCACUUUAUGUAUACUGUGCCUAUAAGGAGACCUGUUUAUGGACAUCUUUCACACCAGAGGGAGAGGUGCGUCUUCCUCAAAAUAUACCUGAUCUGUAUUCAUGGACACUGAACAGAUUGGAAAAAUCCCACGGAGAACAAGUUGUAAAAAAGAUGGCAGCUUAUACCACACUUUCAAGAAAUGGCAUUACUCAGGAAGAGCUGCUCCACCUUAUGUCAACGGAUGAUGUGGUUAUUAAGGAAGUAGCUAAAUUCCAAAAAGUCUCAAUUUCAGCAUUCCCGCUAGUGCUGUGGUUGAAACUUUUGGAUGAUUUUGGAGACCACCUGAAAGAGCAAAGAACUGACCACACUUAUGUUUUUAAUUGGGCUCAUACAUCUCUGAGACAUGUUUGCAUGGACAGAUAUCUCAGAACACAGGAUUCCCAGGCAUCGCUGCAUGCCAUCUUUGCAGAUUAUUACCUGAACAGAAUUCCACAUAAACUCAUUGAAAUGUCUGCAUUUCAACCUUUGGCCUGGACUUUAGAAAAAGAGUCCAAGAUCAGCUACACCUUUAACGUUCGUAAGCUCCUUGGGGCUCCGUAUCACCUCAUCAAAUCUAAGAAUAUUACUGCCUUAAUCAAAGAAUGUCUCUUUAAUUAUGAGUUUCUCUUAUACAAAGCCUGGGCUUCAUCAGUUAUCAGCAUUGAAGCGGAUCUAAGAGCAGCUAUCGAUGCAGACAGGACUAUACGUGACUUAACUUUAUUAAGUGAAGCGCUCAAGUUAUCCAAGAAAGUUUUACUACAAGACCCUUGUCAGUUGGCUUCACAGCUUAUAGGCCGCCUUCAUCGUAUUGUUGCAGCAGAUAAACCAGUGGCCCCAGGUGAUCCCAAAAAAUAUCCCUAUCUGCCAGCUCUUUUGUCCCAGUGUCGGAAAUCUUCUAUUCCUGUUCUUCUACCUUCAACAGCCUGCCUUAUAGAACCUGGUAGACUUCUCUGCGACCUUCUGAGAGGUCACUUGGACAGAAUUGUAGCAAUUGGAGAAACCCAGGAAGAACUCACUGUUGCAACAGUCUCCAGUGAUGGCACUCUGAAAUUGUGGGAUUUGAGGGUCGGCAAAGCUGUCUUCACUCUGCAUGGAGUUGGGAAUAAUAUCAGUGCAAUUGCAGUGUGUCUGGAGAACAGACUGGUGGCUGUGUCUGACAAAAGCACCAUUAAAAUCUGGGAUCUUUCCCUGGAAAAAGUGGUAUAUGCAACUGGCGAGUUUGUUGGUACUCCAAUACUAACAUCUGCAAUGAAUGGGCACCUCUUACUGGUGUUUUUUAAUGGCAGCCACAUGGUUAAGGUUUUUGAUCUUGCUCAUUCCUGUCAGUUGCUCCAUGAGGUAUACCUUUCUACAGAGGAAGAGCCUAUCUGCAAGACUAAUUCCAUUUUGGUAUCCAAAAAUUCAGUAAAAGAUUAUGUUCUCUGUGCCUUUAGGAGUGGAAGUGAAGCCAUGGUCUUUAGUGGCAAAAAGGGGAAAGUAGUUGCUAAGCUGAAAAGCCAAGAACCAGUGGCAGCUGCUGAGGAUGUUGCUGUAACUAAGGAAUAUUUCCUAGUGAUCUUCAGGUGUCCCUUCAUGAAACAGCGUGAGAUUGUGCAUAUAGAGCUCUACAACGUCCACACUUUUGCCUAUGCUCACAAUCUGAAGGGAUGCUGCAAUGAUUAUAUUCACAUUUUUGCUGUGAAUCAUUUGGGCUCUCACCUGCUGGCGUUCAGCCCCAUCCCAAACACCAAUACCACUGAAAUAGUGUCGUGGAACCUGGAAUCUGAAGACCACAAGCACUUGGUGAAGUUUCCUUCAGUCCCAGCUGGUGGUGUAUGCUCUGACCUUCGGUACUGUUUAACAUUCUGUGAUGGAGACAAUCAUCUUCAAUCUUGGAAUUUAGCUUCCAAGAUCAAUGACCAGUCAUUGACAGUCACUGCAAGUAAAGCCAAGAAAACAAAUGGUAUUCGUGAUAUUCUAACAAUGGAGAACUAUCCUAGGUAUGCCAUGUGCAGAAACACAAGUCCAGGGGUCAUAACAGUGUGGAACAUCAUGAAAUCAAAGUGUAAACACAAUGCUGUGAGAGUGGAGAGGGGAUUGCUAGAGAAUACGGAUAUAGUUCUGGUCAGAGACAUGAAACUUUAUGUCCUUACAGACAAAGGAAUGGCCUCUUUUGCAGAUCCUCCGAGACCCAUUUUCCAGACUCUUUUAGUUUAUGACCUCCUGAAAAAAAAGUACAUAAGGAAGCAGACUGGCCUUUACAUCAUUCCCUGCCCAAAUAAUGAGUAUAAGAUCCUUGAAGGAGGACUUCUACUUGGACUUUCAGAGAACAGAGACCAUUUUAUUACUUGGAACUUGGAAACUGGAUUUAUUAAGGAUCGAUUAAGGCCAGAAUACAAGGACAAAUUUUCAUCGCAAGCUGCGAAACCUAACCGUUCCUUGUCCAGGGAAAACAUGAAACAAUGCAAAGGAGUCUUGCCUAACAGAACAACAGCAGUGUUACAGCUUCCAUGGGAAAGGCGAAAUGAAACAAUGACAGGAAAGAGACGGAAGAAGGAAAAGGCAGCGAAAAUGGAGAGGGAAAUGCUGCAGCAACUUGCUGAUGAAAAGAGCAAUGCCAUUGACCAGUUCCUCCUGAGUGGAGACGAGAAGGUUGCUGUGUGUUCCUACUAUGCACAUCACCUGUCAGUGUUCAGCUUGGAAAGCAUGUCCCAUCUCCACACCCUUGAGAGCAGAGAAUCCAUGCUUUUCUUACACAAUGCCGCCUUGACCUAUAACGGCCAUUAUCUGGUGCUCUCCAAUUACAGCGAGAAGGAGAAAGUCAGCUAUGUAACACUAUGGAAUUUAGCCACGGGAAAGGUUAGGAAAAGACUGAAAAAUGAGCCAAAUGUCUGCUGUACAGCCAUUGCUGCUGAUGCUAGUAGGAUAAUUUUUGGAGUGAUGGUGGAAAACAGGAUAAAGAUCUGGGAUCCGUUUAAGCAUAAGCACAAGCUAAUUCAAGGUUACGAAGGUCUUCAUCUAACUGUGUGCAGCAAACUACACAUAUUAGAUGGAGCAAAGGCUGUUCUGCUUGCAGGUGAAGUCAGUAUCUGGGAUUUGGAAAGUGGUACAGUUAUAUCAGUCUUUACACCAGACAGCAAAAUCUCCUGCAUGACAGUUGCGUUUGAUAGAAACACCGUUCUUUUGGGUUUGAGUGACAACCCUACUCUCAUUACUUUGAAAAUGCUGAGCACCAACACCGCUGCAAGUUCAACAGGAAAAAAUUUGUUUGGAGAGGAAUCCUCAAGCAGUGAAGAAGAACCUGAAGUUAUUUAAAAGCCAAAAUUUUAACCAAGGACACUCAAAGGGAAGAAUACUACUUGUCUUACUCAAGCAUAUAAGCCAAGCAAGUCAGAAGGAAUCUCAGCAUUCAUACUUAUUAUGGUUUUCAUCAGAACUCCAGUACUUUUAUAGCUUUAUUUCAAUACCAUUUGUCAGAUACAAAUAAAAGAAUAUUACAAAACCUAGGAGCUAAAGAGCUGUGUGGGGUGUUCCAGACAUGCACUAGGGACUUUCAGUCUCACUCCACCCUGUGUCAAGGUACCCCUGGAGUGACAUUUUGUGAGGCAAAUGGAGAAUGCAGUGUGAAAGGGAAAACUGACUUCUUUCCACAUGCACAAAAACUUUUAUUAUACAUGUACAUGUUUCUUUGGAUCCCAGCCUGUGUGUGCAUUACUGAAAAAGGCGGCAAUAUAAAAAUGUUCUGUUCCAUUUUUACAACCAAAAUGGUUUUUAUUCAUAAAACAUAGCAUGCAAAAUAUUAGAUCCAAGUAAUUGAUACACUUCAGUGGCACAGUUCUUAUUUGCAUGUGCCCAGGCUUACAAAAUUUAGAACCAAGAGGGAGAUUGUCAAACCACAGCAAGCAAACUUAUUUUAAAAUCAUUAGAAGUUCAUAGCAAUGACAGUUUCUUAAAAAUGGGAAACAUUAUCAUUUUGCUAAGAUAGGGCUAAGAGUCAGGUUGUCAAUUGGAAGCAGAGGAGACACAGGAAUUGCAGACGCUAGUCUGGGCAUUCCCAGUGUAGGAAUAGUGCAGAUAUUUAAUGCACACCAUUACCUGGUUGCAGAAUUAUCAUGCCUAGAAACAGAUCUGAAAUGCACAAGUAGUUUUACAAUCAGUGGAAGGUGUUGAAUAUGGUGUUAAGCACACAGGAGCGAAUACAUCCAAAACCAGUUCCCAGUCUCCUUCAAUCAGCUGGGAUCAAGUCACUGUUCAAAAUAUGUCCUCUUUCUUAGAAUUUCAACAACAUGCUAGUACCUUGGGACUUAAAUUUUCCUAAUCGUUGCAUUAUUUUGUUCAGGACACUGGGGAGAAGCAACUAGACAUCCAAAAUAAAUACAUAUAUCUGUGCUUGCAUUUUGUUUUUCCCAAAAAUCCUGAACAGAAGACAUAUUAUUUAUGGAAGAAGACUUUCUCUUCCCCUGGGGGAUAGUUCACAAUCAAUGUUGCCCCAUGAAAUUGUGAGACACUGUUUCAGAAUCAGUUGAAACAAGUGUCCCAUUCCUCUAUGGAAUACAGAAGUAACAAUUCAGCUGAUAAAACCCGACACCUAACAAUAACAGCAGUUCCCAGUUAAAGUAGGUAAUAUAUAAGGUCCCAGAGAUGCUGCUACUCACCCUUACAAAAUGAAAAAUGUCCACCUUAAGUGAAGUAUCUGGUCAGAGUUUGUGAUAACAUUUUUGUGUGUGUGAAAGUAUCCAGAAC